AUGGUAGGCAUUCCUAAGACCCACUGGACUUUCUGUAAGAAGUGUGGCAAACACCAACCCUAUAAAGUGACAAAGUACAAGAAAGGCAAGGAUUAUCUGUAUGCACAGGGAAGGCAGUGUUAUGACAGGAAACAGAGUGGCUAUGGUGGGCAGACUAAGUCAAUUUUCAGGAAAAAGGGUAAAACAAAGAAGAUUGUGCUGAGGCUUAAGUGUGUUGAACCUAACUGCAGAUCUAGGAGAAUGCUGACUAUUAAGAGAUGCAAGCAUUUUGAAGUGGGAGGAGAGAAGAGAAAGGGCCAAGUGAUCCAGUUCUAA